GAACAGGGUCAAUUUACGUUCCAUUACUUUGUGCACUGGCAAAUUUAAUGGCGAUUGUGCUUCGUAUGCUACGCAGCGAAAAUUUGUUGUAGGCCCACCUUGAAUUUUUCAGAAUGUUAUCAUCUAAAUGCUUCGGUUUCAUGAUGAAAAAACAGUUGAACAUUUAAAAGUAGGCCUAGAUUCUGAAGACAAAAAAGAUCUGAGUGACACUGCCACAACCAACAAGUGACAAGAUGUCUGCUUCAGCUCAUACCAGCGUGGCCAACCUCAAGGCCCAUCAGAAUAAGGUAGCACCAAAUGGCUUGGUCAAGAAGGAGAAGGUCGUCAAUGUCGGCAGGAAACAGAGGAAACGCAGGGGAUCCAUUGGUAGUUCCAUCAACUUAGCUGAACCACAUAAUUUUUCAUGGAUUCGUAACAACAUCGGCAUGAGAGAAUGCAUCCGCUUCACAGAGGCACCAGUGCCAAGAGACAAGCCUGACCCCAUACCCGAUGACCCGCAGUGCCAGUGUGGCAAGCGACGGUCCUAUCACGAUCCUCGCUAUCAGAAGAACCAUGACCCCAAGGCCAAAUGGAGAGUGGACACUCACACCCAUAACAGCGCCACCAACGCCUACGGGGAGAUUGAGUUCAUUGGAGCUGCUGGCGCUGGUCUCAGCGUUAAGCUUAGAAAGUAUAUUCGUGUGGAUCAUAAAAUCCAUUCACAGAAGUUGAUGGAAUUACUCAACGAUCACUGGCAUCUGGGUACUCCUAAGCUGCUCAUCUCAGUCACGGGAGGAGCCAGGGACUUCCCCAUGAGUAACAAGCUCAAGAAUGUCUUCAGGAAGGGCCUCGUCAAGGCUGCACUCAGUACGGGUGCCUGGAUCAUUACUGGUGGCACCUAUGCAGGAGUCAUGAAGUACGUAGGUGAAGCCGUCAGGGAUUAUGCCUUGCUAGGCACAGCAGCCGGCCAUUCUAAUGUGGUAUGCAUUGGCUUUGCGUCAUGGGGAGCUAUUGAUCAACGAGACAAACUCAUCGAUGAUAGAGGUCGAUUUCCAGCUUACUACCGCAUGGACACCAAGAAGCCAAAAGGGGUGCUCCUAGACCCAAACCACACCCACUUCAUCCUGGCAGACAACGGUACAGAGGGGAAGUUUGGAGUGGAGAUCAAACUCCGGGCCAAGAUGGAGAAAGAAAUCUCGGAGCAGAAAAUGUCGGGCGUGGCCAAUGUAUCUGUGCCAGUGGUGUGUGUUGUGGUAGAGGGAGGCCCCAACACCAUAGCCACUGUCUAUGAAGCCAUCAUGAACGGCACGCCAGCUGUCAUUGUGUCUGGAACGGGAAGAGCCGCUGACAUCCUGGCGUUUGCUUUCCAGAGGGCGCCAUUGGUAGAUAAGCUGGUCAAGGACAGUAAAGGAAACAUCAAGAAGGAGAAAAGAACAGUGAUCAGCGAUGCGUUGUCGGUCCGCAUCGCCGAUAUGUUGUGUAAGGAGUUUGGUGAGAAGGAGUUGGACACUCAUCUGACUCGUAUCAAGGAGAUGCUGAUGAGAAGACAUCUCAUCACUGUCUAUGAGCUGGGAGGGGGUACUCAACAGUACGAUAUUGACAGUGCCAUCUUACAUGCUCUCCUCAAAGCCAAUAAGGGCCAAGUCCAAGACCAGUUACAGCUCGCUUUGAUCUGGAACAGAGUGGACGUCGCCAAGCGAGAAAUCUUCACUGAAGACAGAGACUGGAAGAAAGGCGAGUUAGACGACGCCCUUCACUAUGCCCUGGUCAACAAUCAGACAGACUUUGUCAAACUCUUCAUGGAGAACGGAGUCAGCUUGAAAGAUUACCUGACGGUCAGAGAACUCACCCUCCUCUAUAAUGAGGUGAAACCAAACACACUGCUAUAUGAGCUUCUAGAAAAAGCCAGAGGAAAGUCAACUCGCAAGUUCAACCUCUUUGACGUGGGUAAAGUCAUCGAGGAACUGACCAUGGACACAUACGAGACACUGUACAUACGGAACCAGGCUAAGUACGUCUUGACGGAAGCUGAGAUUGACGGAGAAGAUGUCAUGGCGGAGGAGGCUUACGAGACAGGAGUAGGGAAGGGAUAUGUGGUGACGCAGUCCCAUGUCAGGGAGGGACUGAAAGAACUUGCUACCAGGUGUACGAGAGAUGCCCUACAUGACUUGACGGACCACUUCCCAUCCCCAGUCCGUGAGCUCUUCCUCCUCGCCAUCAUGCAGAAUCGCUGUGAGAUGGCUCGCAUGUUGUGGGAGGACGGCAACGAGGCGGUGGCCUCAGCACUCACGGCAAGCAUGAUCCUGAAACUCAUGUCCGAUAGAGAGGACGACCCAGACCAGAGCGCAGCUAUGCUCAAACAUGCAGAGGAGUACGAGGAGCUAGCCAUUGGUGUGCUGAACGAAUGCUACAAUGACGAUCCUGAGCGCACCUCCCUCCUGCUGGUAAGGGAACAGGACAACUGGGGCAAGUCUACCAGUCUCAGUCUCGCCAAGCACGCCAAGAACAAGAACUUCAUCGCUCACUCAGGGGUCCAGAAUCUACUGACGGAGAUCUGGAAUGGGAAGCUGUCGGAUGAGAACAAUGGCUAUUUGCUGUGGCUGUGCAUGAUCUGUCCCUUCAUCAUCCCAUUCACUGUCAUCUUCAGAGAAGAUGAGUCCGAGGAAGAGGAAAAACAAGAUUGGAAACCAAGACAUAACAUCGAUUUAAACCUCAACCAGGGUUUGCCCUAUAAUCUGCAAGGUGACAAGCUGGGAGACAGUCUGAAGGUGGUCAAGACGGAAGAACCUGUGACUCUAAGAGGUGGCUCUUCAGCAAGCAAUGUGGCUCUGUGUGACCCAGAUGAGGAUCCUGAGAACGCCCAUCACUAUGAAGAGACAACGGGCAUCGAUAUCAUUGACAGCGGCAAGGAACUGUCCUGGUGGCAACGCUUUACGUUAUUCUACGAUGCGCCGCUCAUCACGUUCAGGCACAAUGUUGUCUCAUUCGUCUGUUUCUUGGGCCUCUUCAGCUACAUCAUCCUAGUAAACUUCAAGGAGCAGUGUUCCCCAGCUGAGAUUGUCCUCUAUGUGUGGGUUGCAACCCUAGCAUUUGAAGAAUUAAGACAGAUUGCUCAAGAAGAAUCCAACAGUUGGCGGAUCCGUUUUGUCUCGUGGCUCUCCGAAUACUGGAACAUCGUGGACCUGGCAGCACUGAUCCUAUUUGGGGUGGGUGUAGCGCUGCGUUUCAACUCAGCUACCCUGGACAUCGCCCGAAUCAUCUUGGCUUUGGAUCUCCUCAUAUACUUCGUCCGUCUGCUGCAAAUCUUCUCCAUCCACAAGAACCUGGGUCCUAAGCUGAUUAUGAUCCAACGGAUGAUGAUUGAUCUGCUGUUUUUCCUGUGUAUCCUCCUGGUGUUUCUCCUGGGAUUCGGCAUUGCCUCCCAGGCCAUUCUGCAGCCCAACUCAUCCAGUUUCGUGGACAUUGCCAGGGGAGUGUUCUAUAAGCCCUACUUCCAGAUUUUUGGAGAACUCUUUCUGGAAGAUAUAUUGGAGAACGUUGGUUGCGUCGCUGCCGGUAACGCCACCCCCGAAUCUGGUGUAUACCCCUGCCCAGUGACUGCUGCUAUUGGUACCUUACUCCUGUUCUUCUACAUGAUGCUCAGUAAUGUCUUGCUUCUCAAUCUACUCAUUGCUAUGUUCAGCUACACCUUCUCAGCUGUCCAGGAUAACACUGACGUCUACUGGCGGUUCCAGCGCUACGAUCUGAUCCAAGAGUAUUUCUCUCGUCCCCCGCUGGUCCCUCCCUUCAUCAUCAUAUCCCACAUCUUUCUGGUGGUCCGAUUCAUGUUGCAGAAAUUCUGCCGAGUCUGCCUUCGUUACAGAUCCGGCGAGAUGAAGCAAAGGAUUCCACCAAGCAAAGUCAAGCAGCUGGUUUUGUGGGAGACCAUUCAGAGUGAUGAGUAUAUUGUCAAAGAGAAAGCUCUACUGGCUGAGGAUAUAACUGAACAAGUCAAAUCAACCGGCGACAAGGUUGAUGACCUUCUUGUAAGGAUGGAAGAGCUCUUUGCUGAUCCGGAGACAGGCGUUCCGUCAAAAGCUCUGGGACUUCUCGGCGAAAAGGCCAUGGAAGAAAGACUCAACAGGCUGGAGGAUCAGAUGGAGCGAACCAACCAAGCCAUUGAUUGGGUGAUCAUGGCUCUCCAUGGCAACAAGCUGGGGCACAACGAUGGACUACCUGAACUCAAGCAAAUUGAACCCAGAAAAGAACAAGAUAAUUUUGACAAUGAGGAGGAAGAGAGAAAGGUUCCGACAACCCUAGAGGAACUUGGGAUAGCGUUACAUCAGAAGGCUCGGUCCAGUCCCUACCCAGGAACUGCCAUCCGACGGUUCCUUGUACCUGAUGAGAAAGUGCCUUGGGAGUGCAACUUUUCAAGUUACAGGCCCGUCAGUUACACCCAUUCUCAAAUUCUAGACAUGCCCCACUACGCCGACAUUGAUCUCCUCCAGUACAACAAGAAAGAACGACCCAUCCUGAACUUCAACUCCUAUGACAAGGCGGUGAAUCACGAUCGCCAGAGCUUCACAGGAAACUAUAACAUCACGGACGGCAUUCCACAGAACCCACGAGGGAGGACGGGAAUGAUAGGCCGUGGGUUACUGGGACGGUUUGGACCCAAUCACGCCGCUGAUCCAAUCGUUACCAGGUGGAAGAAGAAUGCAGAUGGAUUUAAAAUGGAAGACAAUGGCCUGAUGGUUCUGGAGUUUAUUGCCAUACAGAGGAAAGAUAACCAGCAGUGGGCCAUACCGGGGGGCAUGGUUGAGCCAGGGGGCGUGGUCAGUGAGACACUCAAGAGGGAGUUUGGUGAGGAAGCCAUGGGAUCAAUGGAAAAGUCACCAGAAGAGAUUGCCGCCAUUCAUAAGAAUAUUGAAGAACUUUUCCAGCACGGCGUCGAGGUGUAUAAAGGUUAUGUGGAUGACCCGCGUAACACUGACCAUGCCUGGAUGGAGACUGUGGCUAUGAACUUCCAUGAUGAGGAAGGAACGUCAGUAGGUCUACUGGAACUACAGGCCGGUGAUGAUGCGCAGGGUGUGCGAUGGCAGAGAGUCAGCUCCAAGAUUCCUCUCUUUGCUAGUCACCAAGCCAUGCUCAGGAAGGUAGCUGAGCUACACAACGCUGCCUUCUAGAUUUGAGUCACAGGAUACAGCCUUGUGGAGCUAGGUAUCAAAGACAAUGACUGGGGCGUCGUGUCUACAACAGCAGUAGUCAGCUCCAAGAUUCCUCUCUUUGCUAGUCACCAAGCCAUGCUCAGGAAGGUAGCUGAGCUGCACAAUGCUGCCUUCUAGACCCAAGUCACAGGAUUCAGACUUCUAGACUAAUCUGAUGUAAAUAAAGUAAUCUUACAGAACAAAAUUACAGCUUUUAAUUUUGUACAAGUGAAACAGUAUUCUUUUAACUAGUCCAUAGUUGCUUUCUUGUUUUGAUGGACCUAUAUUUCACUCAUUCAACCAAUAGGCUUUCGUCUCUCAGUUUGAUAUUUUGUACAGAUUCUGUUUAGAUGAAGCUCAGUAAGCGAAUUUGGUAAUUUAACUGCACUGCGCACAAUGAUAUGAGUCUCGGGCUUAUUCAAAAAUAGAUGUAAAAGACUUACAAUAAGCAUGAGAUGUGGUGGACCCAUUUAGAGGGCGUUAUUUGGAGUAGGUAAAUGCUUUUGUUUUUACCAAAAUUUACUGCUUCAAAUUGCGCCUCCUAUUGUGUUCGCUAAAUCUCACAAAAACCAACUACCUUUUACUUGUUUACAAGAUUUCUAAGCUAAGUUUGAGCUGAAAUAAGUGUUUAUAGUGUGUGACUGUCUUUCAAGAAGUUAAAAGAAAGCUUCUUUGUUUAACAUGCAGAGAUAUUCUGUUAUGUGUGUGAUCUCAUCACCUUGAUUUGUAGCAAUUUUUGUGCAAAGUUGUAGCAUUGAUUAAAGGGAUAUUGUGAUUGGCUCAGCACCAACAUUAGUACCACUGGAAACCAAUCAGAUGUGUCCAUACAAAUUAAAAUAAAUCAUGUGCCUUAUAGACAGUGUAGUUGUGAUCAUUCUUUGAAAAAUUGUAAACUUAACUGAUCUCAGAUGAAAAAGUAUUUUUGUAAAUAGCAUGACAAAUUUGAGAUGUAGAGUUGUGAGAAUAAAUGAAUUAAGUUGAUAUUUGAUGUAUUUUUCUGUUAGCACCUUGUGAAAUCAUCUCGUUGUGAAUUGCACUUAGUGUAAUCUUUUUCAGAUCGUUUUAACUUGGAACAUCCAGGUCUGUGCAACGUUGAAUUGUCAUGUACUUAUCAGGUAUAUACAUGUACGCAUAUUUUAAUUAAAUUAUAGAUUAUUUUUCCAUCCAAAGAGUUGAAUUGAAUUUGAUUAUAGAAAUGAGAAUUAUAUGUAAAUAUAGCGUUAUUCGAUUUUGUUAUGUAAAAUGUUCACUAUCCAUAUAUGAAUUGUUUUAGUCUUGUUCUCUUGUGCAAUAGGGUCCAGUUGGAAGGGUACUGGUAUUGUUCUCUUUUUUUUCUUUCCAUUUCUGUGUGUGUGUUGUGUGCGCUGUUUUGUUUUCUCAAUUAGUAAACAACAAACAUGUGCCUGUUGGAUAUUGAAAAAUACAAAGAAUUUAACAUUUCUGCUGUUUUGAAUGGGUAAUGCAGUUAUCCAAUGUACAUCAAGGACUUUGGGAGAUGGCUUUAGUGUUUAUCGUUUAUUAAGUUCCAAAAAAAAUGUUGCAUUUUGUUUUCACUGUGUUCUAGGAAGCUGUGACAUGAAGUAUUUUAAACAUUUCUUUCUCAUUUGUCUUUCAAUAUUUUCCAUUUGUUGCAAAAUCAUGGUUUUGAAAUAAAUACAAAUUAAUUUCUUCAUUUCGUUUUCACUGUGUUCUAGAAAGCUGUGACAUGAAGUAUUUUAAACAUUUCUUUCUCAUUUGUCUUUGAAUUUUUCCAUUUGUUGCAAAAUAAUGGAUUUUAAAUAAAUACAAAUUAUUUUCUAUUCAAUGUUUAUAUUCCACAUAGUGUACAUUUUACAUACACCAUUUCCUCGAAUUCACCUAGAAAUAUUGGUAACUAUUUUGUAUCGUAAUUCAAAACCAAAUUCAGACAAACUCAAGUAGUUUUUUCUUAUGAACAUAAGCGUGCCUUGAAUGAAUUGUCAUGUGAUUUGACUAGGUAAUACAGUGAGAUGUUUGAAGUGAGCUUGACUAAUUAAAAACAACUGUCAUUAAAAGCGAGUUAAUAUCGA